ACAGUUAGCACUUCACGAACGGUAUUCCAACCACGACCCAUCCUCGCCAAAACCUCUCGACCGAUCCUCAACUUCACACGACCAAUCUCCGCGACCAUGAGCAAGACCAACAACGCCAGUGUCGACGAGCACCAGGAUAAGAAGACCAAGACUGAGGUGGAGGACUGGAAGAAGCGUGCCCCAUACAGAAUUCACGAGGACAACGAUGGGUUCGACUCGCUGUACGACGCCAGCUGCCAUUGUGGCAAGGUCCAGUAUCAGUUGAGCAGGAAAGAGCCAUUGGAUAGCAAGCUGUGCCAUUGCACGACUUGUCAGACGCAGCAUGCUGCUCCAUUUCAGUGGGCUGCGAUUUUCAAGAAGGACGACAUCAACUUCUCGCAUGGCCAUCACAAUCUCGAGUGGUACGACCCUACUGAGAAGUCCAUCGAGCACAAGCUUCCCUGCAAAGUUCGGUGCAGCUACUGUCAUUCUCCCAUCAUGGAUGAAGGACGAAACAUGAUUCUACUGUUCCCAACGCUCAUCAAGUUCAAAUCGGAGCAAGAGAAGGCGAACUUCAAGCCGAGACUCCACAUGUUCUAUAAUGAGCGUGUCAUGGAUAUUCCAGAUGGUCUGCCAAAGUGGUCGAAGAUCAACGAAGGUGAAGAUUCCGAGCUUGUGGAGGACAGCCCGCCAGAGGAUAUCAAGGAGCUGGAGCGCAAGAGGGCGAAGGAGCAGAACGAGCGCACUGCAAAGGACGCGCCGUGGAAGAAUGGUGAUUGAGUCGAAUCGAUUUGAUGGCGUUGAGCGAGGUGCGAGAUCAUCUGAUUCGACAACGCAAGUCGACGGGCGAAAAAGCGAGGAGUUUCGGUGUCUCAUGAUUGUCUUCGGCAGCCAUCGCCAUCGGAGGGAGAUGGUCCUUCAGAGAUUAUGGCUACCUGCAAGCCUGGUUAGCAUCAGUUGCCUUACUGUGGUACCAAUACGACUAUCUAGCAUGUCUUGCUAGCUUGCUUGUACGAUCAUCCAGCACACUCUCCUACUUUU